GGUGGCUUGUGUGUUGCUCUGUUUCUGGAAGCCACACCACAGAUUUUUCAAAUACCAGUAGGGUCACUCAUGGUGGACAGGUUUCAUUGGAGCUUCCAAACUAAGACAGACUAGGAAGAAAGGCCUGGCAAUCUACUUCUAAAAAUUAACCAAUGAAAACCUUAUGGGUCACAGUAGAACACUGGCCAACUCACUUGCUUUGGACAUGUCAUCAGGAGGGUUUAGCCACUGAAGGAGGACAUCAUGUUUGGUGAAACAGAGGGUCAGUGAGGGCAUGGGAGACCCUCAGUAAGAUGGAUUGGCCCAGCUGCAAUAAUGGACUCAAACAUGCUGAUGAUGGUGAGGAUGACACAGGACCAGGCAAUGUUUCAUUACCUUGUAUAUAAGGUCGCCAUUAGUUGGAGUUGACUCAAUGGCAGCUAACAACAACAACAAAAAAAAAACAACAAGAACUAUAAAAUUAAGUACAUGUCAGUUGCCUCAGUAUGUUUCUUUGAAUGUGACCCAAUGUCAAAAUUAAGCAACAGAGGCACCAGGGUUUAUUGAGGAAAUACACUGAAAUCAUUAGGAUGUGGGACUCUGACCCAGAUACUCUAAGAGCUGAAGACCCAUGGUGGUUUGACUGACUCAGAGUCACAGAGACAAUGAGAUGGAUGGGACAUAUGGCUAGUUCUGACUAUUGGAAUGUGGAUGGAAGUGAUGUGCACUGCUUCCAGCCCUGGCCCUUACUAAAUCUCGCAUACACAAUCCUCCUCCUUUCCUUUUAUGGUCAUCUUUGAGGCCGUUUGUUAGAGAUGGCAAAGCUACAAGAUGGACAGUGCCUUGUCCAACCGUGAGCAUCUGCUUUGGACUUUAUGUGAGUGAGUGAAAAAUAAACUCUUAUUUUGUUAAGUCACUGUGAUUUUGGGAUUUAUUUGUUAUUACAUCAUAGCCCAGUCUACCAUGACUAAUACCCUCUGUUUCCAAACAAUAAACACAGAAGUAACCUUUCUGCUACACUCACUGCCUAAAUACACUACUAGCUGCUAUUUCUUCCCUUACACUGUGGGCGAAACAGCAGUUAAUCCUUAAUGAAUAUGGUCCUCUCAUUUCCAACAUGUUUUUAAACAAUAUUAAAAUCUUAAAGAUACCGCUUCUGGCAAAGGGAAGAGGAGAUAAAGUAUUGGAGCCAUUUAGUGGUAAAUCACCAGCACAUACCAAACAAUGGUGGAAUUUUUUUAAAGUCAGUUCAUGUUUUAUAAGGUUAACCCCUGAAUAUUGUUGUUGUUGUUAAUUGCCGUUGAGUCAUCAUCCUCUGACUUAUGGCAACCCUACUCGCAAUGGAACAAAACACUGCCUGGUCUUGUGCCAUUGUCACGAUUGGUUGUGGAUUGGACAGUUGUGAUCCAUAGGGUUUACACUGGCUGAAUUUUGGAAGUAGAUCAGUAGGCCUUUCUUCCUAGUCCGCCUUAGCUUGGGAGCUCUGCUGAAACCUGUUCAAGCAUCAUAGCAACACGUGAGCCUCCACUGACAGUUGGGUCAUAGCUGCACUUGAGGUACAUUGGCUGGGAAUUGAACCCAGGUUUCCUGCAUGGAAGGUGAGAAUUCUACCACUGAAACAACAAUGUCCCCAUAGUCCAUGAAUGAGUGAGUCUUUAGCUUACUUUCCUCUGCACUUGCGUCUUUUUGUUUACACACUAGUUUUUAGUAUUUGUUUUUAUUUAAACAUUUCGCCUGGUUUCAGAUUCAAGGAGCAUUACCUGAGGGGGGAGGUAUUUGGGCUUGGUAGAUACAGAUUGCGUUUGGGGCUAUGAACCCCCCAACUCCCACCCAAGUUGGUAGGUAUGAUGUCUGGAACUGGAUCUUGGGGGAGAACCUCCCCCAGAGUUGUCUCACCUUUGCCACCUGCUAGCCUUCUACCUUGGUGAGGCAUUUGAUUAUGAUUCUUCUCAUGGAUGUGAUCUUGCUUUUUCUUCCUUGUCACAGGUAAAAUGGAGACUUUCCAACAGUUGCUUACUGUCUGCAUGACUUUUGAUAAGCACUUUAACUUCUUUGGGACGCUACUAAUUUCCUUAUUUGUAAAAUCAAAUAAGAUAAUACAUACGCGCAUCAUCUAAGUUUUUAGCAUGGCUUCUGAUAUGUAGUAAUUACUCGAUAGUAACUAUUUUUAUUGAUAUUAUUACCAGUGACAAUAUUAUUUUUUGUUUUCUCUCCAGUUUUUUCUUAUUUUUAUUUUUUUAAGUUGUGCAUUUCUGAUGCGUCUUCAUGUUUUGCCUUUUGGGGCGCCUCAAAUUUGAAACUUCCAGAUCAUGAGAGUGUUCUGAGUAGAUUUGUCUCCAUAAUGGUAGGCUCAGGAUAGAAAUUCAAAGGCUAAAUACUAUUUGGUUCACUCAGAAUAGUCUCUUCAUUUUUAACUUCACCAUCAGGUUGAGCUGUGCUCAAGAGGGAAGAGAAGCUACACAAAUCCACCAAGAGUAGAAAAAUGAGUCAUCACUUUUAUUGCUUUGCUUCCUUCUUUUUCUCCAGAGAUCACAUGAGUAAGAAAAGGGCUGGAAAGGCAGCAGUAUAAAGGUAAGACAGUGACAGUCAAGGGGGAUUCAUUGUCUGAAACUUCACUUGCUUGGCCACUGUUGAAACCCUGGUGGCCAGUGGUUAAGAAGAGCUGGGCUGCUAACCAAAAGGAACUGGUGAAAGCGGAAAAAGCACCUUUAUCAAGCAGAUGAGAAUUAUCCACGGAUCUGGUUACAGUGAUGAAGACAGAAAGGGGUUCACAAAGCUGGUUUACCAAAACAUAUUCACCGCCAUGCAAGCUAUGAUCAGAGCCAUGGACAGCCUCAGGAUACACUAUGUGUGUGAGCAGAAUAAGGAAAAUGCCCAGAUCAUCAAAGAAGUGGAGGUGGACAAGGUGUCAGCGUUAUCCAGGGCCCAGGUAGAGGCCAUCAAGCAGCUGUGGCAGGACCCCGGAAUCCAGGAGUGCUAUGACCGCAGGAGGGAGUACCAGCUUUCGGACUCUGCCAAGUAUUACCUGACUGACAUCGACCGAAUCGCCAUGCCGUCGUUUGUCCCGACGCAGCAAGAUGUGCUUCGGGUCCGAGUGCCCACAACUGGCAUCAUCGAGUAUCCCUUUGACUUGGAAAACAUCAUAUUUCGGAUGGUGGAUGUUGGUGGCCAGCGAUCGGAAAGACGGAAAUGGAUUCACUGCUUUGAAAGUGUCACUUCCAUUAUUUUCUUGGUUGCUUUGAGUGAAUAUGACCAGGUCUUGGCUGAAUGUGACAAUGAGAACCGCAUGGAAGAGAGCAAAGCCUUAUUUAAAACCAUUAUCACCUACCCCUGGUUUCUGAACUCAUCUGUGAUUUUGUUCUUAAACAAGAAGGAUCUUCUGGAAGAGAAAAUCAUGUACUCUCAUCUAAUUAGCUAUUUCCCAGAAUACACAGGACCAAAGCAAGACGUCAAAGCUGCCAGAGACUUUAUCCUGAAGCUUUAUCAAGAUCAGAAUCCCGACAAAGAGAAAGUCAUAUAUUCCCACUUCACGUGUGCCACAGAUACAGAGAACAUCCGCUUUGUGUUUGCUGCCGUUAAAGACACAAUUCUACAACUGAACCUGAGGGAAUUCAACCUAGUGUAAAAGCUGCUGCCCACUCCUCCAUCACCGAAUACAUGAUUUAGAAGCUUCUCUUGUUUAUUUGCAAAUGCUCUGACAUCACCUGACCCAGCCCACUGUGCCAGACGCCAAGGGUGUCGCGCAGGACGGAGGACAGAGAUGGGCUAUGCAGCUUGGAAGAGAUUUGAGUUUACCAAAACCUUUUUUAAAGCCUUUAUUCUCAAAUUGUUCUUCUAGUUCUUUUUCUGACUUUUGGCUGUAAAUUUCUGUGUUAUUUUUGAAUUUGAUAUUUUAUAGAAUUUUAAAAAGCCACUGUGAUUUACUUUAAGUGUGUUUAAUAAUAACCAUUAAAAAUCAUGUAACAGCUUUUACUCAGAAGGGCCCAUUAAUUUACAGAUCAUGCCUUAAGACCACUAAUUAACUUGGGUGACUUUUUUUUUUUUUAAAGAAUAUUAAUGGGUUGAAGCUUUUUAUUAAAUUUUGCAAAUUAGAGACAUUCUGAAUUGAGUUUUUCUCUCCUAAUGCUAAAGUAUGACUUCUUUAACAUGCUACCAAAGAUUUUUUUUAAAAACAUUUUUGUGUUAACUUUCUAAGCUAAAUUAAUGAAUAUAUCAGUACAUCUUAGUUUUGACGUGAUUUUAUCAUCAUGAAGCCAACAUUCACAUAUGGUAGAUGGGCUCUAGAUUGCAUAUACAUUAUAUUGGUGAAAAUGUAUAUAUAUAUAUUCCAAUGUAUAUGACCAGGUCUUGGUAAACUUGUGAAACGGCUAAAAGUCCAAAUUGUUUAAUGAAUGUUAUGUAACCCCUGCUACCAUUCUGAUGGCCAUCACAGAUUUGUUAUGUUUGAACUAUGCUGUGCUUUUCUGAGAAGGUUAAGAAUAUACCAUUGUAUUAGCACUGAAAUAUCUUGUGUUUCUUUGAGCUCACAGUUAAUUGAUGGUUCUGCUCCUAAGAUCAAAUGCUGUGACCUAAACAGUUAAUAAAUCAGGAACUUUCCUAAAUUUUCUUCCUUGAGGCAAGUCCAUAUUCAUCAUCAUGUCUGGUUAGUAGCUGGUUCUACAAAGCAGAGGCAGAAUCCCCUGAAAAGUACAGAGU